CUCGAACACAUACCCACCACCACACUAUAAAGUAUAAACUAACUAGUUUCCGUUCACCGUUAUUCUUCCUCCACCGCCGUCACCUCCACCGCAGAAAAGAAACAAAAAGAGAGAAGAGUUCAAAUUGUGGAGAUUGGAGACGAACUGAUUUUGAAAUUCAAGUUAAACAAAAAAACAGAAGGAAACUCAGCAAGAAACACCUCGUUUUUUUUGGCUUGGAGUUUGUUUUAGCUUACUCAAUGGAAGCUAAAUACAUUUUCUCUUCAAUUAUUUUAGUAAGUUUAGCUUUAUUUCUUGUGAAUGCAGACCCAGUUGAAGAUAAGCAAGCUUUACUUGAUUUGUUAAGCAAAUUGUCUCACUCUCGUUCACUAAACUGGAACGAGAGCUCACCAGUUUGCAAUCAUUGGACUGGUGUUAUUUGUAGUAAAGAUGAGUCUCGUGUGACAGCUUUAAGGUUACCUGGUGUUGGAUUUCAAGGCCCUAUCCCGCCUAACACUAUCAGUAGGUUGUCUGCUCUGCAGAUUUUGAGCCUUAGAUCUAAUCUAAUUAGUGGGGAGUUUCCUUCUGAUUUCGUUAAUCUAAAGAACUUGUCUUUUCUUUAUCUUCAGUAUAAUAACUUAUCUGGGCCGUUGCCUGUUGAUUUCUCUGUUUGGAGUAAUCUUACCAUUGUUAAUUUGGGUAACAAUGGAUUUACUGGGAGUAUUCCUGUUUCUUUUUCUAAUUUGACUCAUCUUGCUGCUUUGAAUCUUGCGAAUAAUUCUCUUUCGGGUGAGAUACCUGAUAUUAAUUUCCCUAGUUUGCAGUUGCUAAACUUGUCUAACAAUAAUCUAUCCGGUAGUGUACCUAAGUCCCUUGCAAGAUUCCCCAAUUCAGUGUUUUCGGGUAAUCGUAUUUCGUUUGGGAGUUCUGCUCCUCGUGCUUCACCUUUUCUUUGUCCUCCUACUUCUCCGAGUCAUAAGCAUGCUAGAGGUCUUGGUGAAAAAGCUCUGCUAGGGAUUGUAGCUGCUGCUUGUGUUUUAGGGCUUGUAGCCUUUGCUUUCUUGAUAAUUGUUUGUUGCUCGAGGAAAAAGACUCGAAAUGAGUUUUCGAGUAAGUUGCAGAAGGGAGAAAUGUCCCCGGAGAAAGUGGUUUCGAGGACUCAGGAUGCGAAUAAUAAGUUGGUUUUCUUUGAGGGUUGUAACUAUGCUUUUGAUUUGGAAGAUUUACUGAGGGCUUCUGCUGAGGUUUUAGGAAAAGGUACAUUUGGUAUGGCAUAUAAGGCCAUAUUGGAGGAUGCAACCACUGUGGUGGUAAAAAGAUUGAAGGAAGUGAGCGUUGGGAAGCGAGAUUUCGAACAACAGAUGGAGAUUGUUGGAAGUAUUAAGCAUGAGAAUGUAGUUGAGCUUAAAGCUUACUAUUAUUCAAAAGAUGAGAAGCUGAUGGUGUAUGAUUAUUUCAGUCAAGGAAGUGUUUCUUCUAUUCUUCAUGGUAAAAGAGGCGGAGACCGAAUGUCCCUGGAUUGGGAUACCAGAAUUAGAAUUGCAAUAGGCGCAGCAAGAGGAAUUGCUCGUAUCCACUUAGAAAACGGUGGCAAAUUCGUCCACGGGAAUAUUAAAUCCUCAAACAUGUUUCUCAACUCCCGACAGUAUGGCUGCGUGUCUGAUCUCGGUUUGUCAACCAUAAUGAGCCCAUUAGCUGCACCUGUUUCUCGUGCUGCUGGUUAUCGCGCCCCAGAAGUGACCGACACCAGGAAAGCAGCACAGCCUUCAGAUGUAUAUAGUUUCGGGGUGGUGUUAUUAGAGCUACUGACUGGAAAGUCUCCGAUCCAUACUACUGGGGGCGAUGAGAUCAUCCAUUUAGUCCGUUGGGUUCAUUCCGUAGUUCGUGAGGAGUGGACCGCAGAAGUGUUUGAUAUGGAGCUUAUGAGGUAUCCAAAUAUAGAGGAAGAGCUGGUGGAGAUGUUACAGAUAGCAUUGUCUUGUGUUGUGAGGAUUCCAGAUCAAAGACCUAAGAUGCCUGAAGUAGUUAAGAUGAUUGAAGGUGUCCGAAGAAUUGACACCGAUAAUCGAACAUCUUCCGAAAACAGAUCGGAAAGUUCUACACCGCCGCCGCCUCUAUUGAUUGAGAAAGAUUCCUGAAUUUGCAGAAAUCAGAAACAAAAAUGAGUUAUUUGUGCAUGUUCUGUUGAUUCUUUUUUUAAAAAAAAUUAUUUAGCUCAGACUGCUGCUUCUAAAAUGUUAUACUAUUUAUUUUGCUCUUUUGCUGUCAAACAAAGUGAUAUUUUUUUCCACUUCUAGAUGAACUAGUUUUGUAGAGGAUAGGUCUGCAUCACCAUUUUGAUUGCAACUGUUUUUUCCAGGGAAAGAUUAGAAAUGUAAGUUUAUUAUUAAGUGAAAUUUUAAUUUUUUUUUGGAUUU